AUGACAGCAGAAAAAUCAUUAUCGGAUGAAUUUCUCUUGGGACAGAAAUUUUACAACAGAAUUGAAACCACAAGCCUUGCUUCGUCUGAUCCAUUUCUUCUAGUUGAAGCAUAUCUUGGUGAUCUAACGACUAAAUUAGCCGACGGAGAUCGAAUGCAAAUACUAAAUAAGUCAAAGAAACACUUUGAACAGUUUUUACGGAACAUCGAAUUGCAUGAAAUACUAAAAGAAGAGGACAGAAAACUUAUUGAGGAGCAGUCUAAUGGAACUACAAAAAAUGCUGCAAAGAAGCGUGAAGAAAAGAUAGCACGAUAUAAGAGGGAGAAAGAGACUAAAAUGAAGUUAGAGACUUUACAACAACGUUUGCCUUCUAUUGGAGACAACGACAAGGAUGAAUUUAGUCGCAAAUAUAUCCUGAUCCUUAUUGACCUCUUCAUACACAAAUCCAUGGAACAAUUAUUUUCAAUUAAACAAGAAUUUGAAUUACUUGAUCAAAUGAGAAAAAUUCAAGAACAAUCUGGACCUAGUUCUUUUGUAGGUCUGGCGAAUGAUAAUAAGGUCAAUAUUUCCAAAGGUUCAAGCGGCCCGUUAUUGACAAAAGAUGGAAAGCCGCUUCGACCAUUUGUCAUCACAAACCAACGCGAAGCGAUUCGAGAACAAGUUUUUAGACCAGGUUGGCGUCUUCCAACAAUGACCAUUGAUGAAUACCUUGAGCAAGAAGCAGCACGAGGCAAUAUCAUAAGCGGUGGAGGACAAACACCGAAGAAUAAAGAAAUUGAUGAUAACGAUGAGCAUGCUAUAGACGAAGAAACGCUCAAAGCACGAGAAUGGGAUGAAUUCAAGGACGCCAAUCCUCGUGGAUGGGGUAAUCGUAUGCGAAAAGGUUAA